GGUAUUCCAAGACUUACAGUGUGAUGUGGAUAACAAAAAUAAUGAUAACACAGUCAUUCCUCAAGAUUCUGAUUCGUCCACCUAUGUCAAACAGGACACUAAUACUGUUGUAACUGAACCUGGUACCAGCACUGAUCUGACUCCAAGCUCUUAUUCUUCACAGCCUGGAACCAGUUUAGAUAAUAAUGUCUCAAUUUCUAGCUCAGUUAUUGAACAAACUGUUGCUAAUGUUCAUUUGACCUUACCUAAUGUGAUUUUUGAGCAGACUGGUUCUAGUGUAGAAAAGCCAGGCUCAGCUUACUCUGUAAGUGAAAAUGUUACGCAAAUGGCAUCUAUACCAGAUAUAAACAUUAGUGGAGGAAAUUGUAAUGAAAUUACUGAAGAAAAUGGUGAUGAUGAAAGUGUGAAUGAGGAGACUAGAGACUUGAAUAGAUUAAAAGAUGAUUCAAGAACUAUAGGCAAUAAUGCUGGUGUUGAUAGUGAAAUUAUUAUAGUGUCUAAUAGCUUAAACAAUAAUAAAGGAGAUAAGGCUCUGUUAAGUGAUAUUAAUAUUACCAUGGCAACUAGUGAAAGUAAAAUGGAAGUAGAUAAUGAACAAGCAGAAGAUGUGGGAAAAAUUGGUGAAACCAAAAUGGAAAGUGCUAGAAAUAAAGCUGUUGUAAAAUCAACUGUUAGUAAUGAGUAUACAUUGGUUCUGUCAUGGUUGAAGGAACACCCUCCUUUAACAGAAGAACAGCUCACUGGGUUAUUUAUUACUAUGGAUGACUUUAAGGAAGCUUUGAGAUAUGUUCAGCCAUCAGCAAAACGUGAAGGUUUUGCAACAAUACCAGAUGUUACAUGGGAUGAUAUAGGGGCACUGCAUGAAGUCAGGGAGGAACUUACAUUGGCUAUAUUGGCUCCUGUACGUCACCCAGAACAUUUCAAGAGUUUAGGAUUGACUAGAGCACAGGGUAUAUUGCUAGCUGGACCACCAGGUUGUGGUAAAACACUUCUUGCUAAGGCUGUAGCUAAUGAAUCUGGAAUCAACUUUAUAUCUGUGAAGGGACCAGAACUUCUCAACAUGUAUGUAGGUGAGAGUGAGAGAGCGGUACGUACAGUAUUUCAAAGAGCACGUAAUUCCUCGCCAUGUGUCAUUUUCUUUGAUGAACUGGAUGCUUUGUGUCCAAGAAGGUCCGGCCAUUCUGAAGGUAACUCAAGUGCUAGAGUUGUAAAUCAGUUACUGACAGAGAUGGAUGGUCUAGAGGAAAGGAAACAAGUAUUUAUAAUGGCUGCCACUAACAGACCAGAUAUAAUUGACCCAGCUGUUUUGAGACCAGGAAGACUCGACAAGACCCUGUAUGUUGGACUACCUACAGCUUCAGAUAGGCUAGAUAUACUGAAGUGUAUCACAAAGAAUAGCACAAAACCAUGUUUAUCAGAUGAUGUAAAUUUAACCAGUAUUGCCGAGGAUAUAAGAUGUGAUUGUUACACUGGAGCAGAUUUAGCAGCUCUUGUAAGGGAGGCUUCAAUUUCAGCACUAAAAGAAGCCAUUUUAGACAAAGAGAGACAACCUAAUGAUGUUAUUGUAGUUAAUAGAGGGCACUUUGAUUGUGCUUUCAUGAAAGUCAAACCAUCAGUUACAUUAAAGGAUCAAGAGAAGUAUGACUCUAUGAGGAAUAAACUUGCUAUAGGAAGUUGAAGGCAUCAAGCUUGCAAUCAUAAUGAAUUUGGCUUGAAAUAUAAACUCUAGCAAGUUAAGUGUGACAGAAUACCAACUGUGAUAAUUGUGAUAACCACCAACAACUGUAAAUGUGCAUUAAUGAUCACUAUGUAGUUUGUUUCAAACCAAGAGAGAGGCAAACAAGGACUUUCAUUGACAAGAGACUGUAUCAUUUACUAUAUUGUAUAUACAAAAGUGAAGUUCUUUAUACCUACCCACAUUGUCACUGGUCACGUACAGAUACUGCUUUUAAAGGGGAUUGAUCUACAAUAGGAACUUUUUCCAUAAGUAUUUCAAAUAUUGAUAGAAAUGUAUCAUUGGAUCUUCUUAUAAAAUAAUUCUCUACAGUAUACAUGUUGAUAAGGUUCUGAGUGAUUAAGUAUGAACAUUUUUUCAUGUUUGGUUCUAAAUACUAUCAACAUAAUUAUUUAUGAUAUUACACAUCUUAGUUAAUGGACUAAUUUACUUAAAACAUGGAAUAUUCUUACACAGUUACUAGGCAAGAGUAUAUAACUCAUAUUUUUGUUAUAGUUAUGCCCCUAUUUUGACUGACAACUAUUCAGAAAUAUUAUAUUAUACUGCUAUAAUGAACAGAGAAUAGUCCAGUAGAUCAAUAAAUUGACUUUAAAAUACUUUAGAUAGACAACAACUAUACAGCUCAAGAUCUGUAACUCUAGCUGGACCUUUUUUUUUAAAUAUCUUUUCAUUUUUUUGUAGAGUAUAGGUCAGUUAAAAUAUGAGAGAUUUACUUGUUAAUAGGAAGUAAAUAGGAGAAGUGCAGUGUCAAAGAAUUUUAACUGUACUUUAAAAAAAAUGUCCAAGGCAUUGACUUGAAACUAAAUGUAUGUAAAUAUAUAGUUAAGAGGGAAGGUGCAUUGUCUAAUAAUAGUCUACAAGGCAUUGACUUGAAACUUAAUGUAUGUAAAUAUAUAGUUAAGAGGGAAGGUGCAUUGUCUAAUAAUAGUCUACAAGGCAUUGACUUGAAACUUAAUGUAUGUAAAUAUAUAGUUAAGAGGGAAGGUGCAUUGUCUAAUAAUAGUCUACAAGGGAAUUACUUGAAACUCGUGAUAAAGACAUCUUAAUUAUUUUUUAGAAACCACAUCAUGUUUUUUGUAAAAUGCCAACUUAGAUACUCUAAUUCAAGACUUUAAAGAUUUUAAAACAAAAACAAACUUUCAACAAACUAGCUUGUACAAUUAUUGACCAAGUCAUUGUUUAAUUUAUUAUUUUAUGAAACAAUAAAAGAUAUUAGGAGA